AUGGAACGACCGUCAGCAGCGGAUAUUAUCAGGAGGGCGAGGGAGCGAGCGGAAGCAGGGCUACCAAGAGAGGAUUACAACACAUUUCUACAGCGACAAGCGGCGUUAAAAAAUGAUACCCCGGAUGCUCCGUCAAUACCCCCGAGGAGUCGACCUCCGAUGGGAAAUCAAGGUGGCAACUUACCGAGGCAGCAACGGCCCCAGGCACCGCCAGGAUUUCAGAACAAAGACGGACAAAUCACACUUCCCAUAUCGAGGCCGGCACCCGUCCCACAAUGGCCUUUGGCUGGUCCCAUCGCGUCUCCUGCUAGUUCAUCAGAUUCGGAACCUUACAGACCACCCGCCGGUAGUCAACCUCCACAACGGCCGCCUCGCCCGAGUGAAGUACCAUCAAUACUCGACGGGUCGAGAAUACAGGACCCAACUCCAGUCUUCCAGUACCAGUCACAGUACAACCGAGAUUCGGAGACCAUAAGUUCAUCUAUACCUGAGACACCGUCCACAUUGUCUCGACCUUCGACACUCUCUUCGGUGGGUUCGAUUCCGGACUUCCCGCUCCCAAUACAAGCUCCGCCACCACCACCACCGCCGCCGGUUGGACCACCGAGACGUAGUGUGAACUUGGGGCCACCACCUUCAGCCAGACGUGGCGCAUCGUCUUUUUACUCGCAUCUUUCAUAUGUGUCACCGAUUCCAGAAGAGAGCGACAGAUCAAGGUCUCACGCAUCUUAUGCAUCAAGUGCAGCUAUGCCGGAAAGUUGGGGUACGCCAUCACCGGCACAGAGUCCUAUUUAUGGGGAUGCGUUCUACGAUGAUACGAUUGUUGAGGAAUCAAGCCCAUCCGAGGCGCAUUCGAUGCAAGAUUACGGAGACGAGAGCCGGCUGGUCAGGAGUGCGAGCAUUGGAAGGAGGGGAAAAGCCGCGCUUGUGACGACAGGGUCGCGGGAAGUCACUGGGGAGGCUGGCGAGGACAAGAGACCAUCUCCGACGCCGAUGCAAACAAGUCCGUUCAAUGAAGGUACCGGGUACUUGGAAGCAUCAUCGAAUUCGUCCACGACGGUUCCUUCCUCCAAAAGCUCGAAGCCUCCUGCAGUCGGAGCAGCGCUAACCGCCGACGACAUAUUGAAUGCUUAUGAUGCAGCAUCUGCGGUGGAUUCAAGGGCAUCUAGAAGAAUGUCGACGAUCUCACAACCCCCACCGCAGCCUUUGCAACCACGCGCAUAUAGCCGGUUAUCGGCCAUAAGACGACCGCCACGGCUCGAUAUCGACGCUGUUAGAGAUGCGGAGGCUCGAGGCAGUUUGACCAGUCUUCCAGAUCUAAUUCGAAGAGCAACAAGAUUGGCUGCGAGUUUGGACAGAGGGAAGAGGCCAGCUAGCCGGUUGAAUGAUCUGGAUGACUUCCCGGUUGAGUUUUAUGGCGCUGGAACCAAAUCGGCAAACGUUGACAAGGAGUCUGAUGAAUACUAUGACAAACACCAGUCAGGUUUCUCAGACAUGCUUGCGGCGUUUCCACCGCCAGCUCAGGCUCAGAGCCGCCAAGGAGGCAUCCGACAGAGCAUACGUGACUCUGUUCUGUCGUGGCCUCUGCCCCCUCUUAACCGCAACAACAACAACAAUAAGGACAACAAUAACAAUCUUACUCCUCGAGGUUCUCCGGAUGACAUGUCCUCAAGAAGCGACUCGAGUCGCGGGAAGAGAGGUCGUCGCUGUUGCGGGCUGCCACUGUGGGGCUUCAUCACCAUCGUUGUCGUCGUCAUAAUCCUCAUCGCUGCCGCCGUGAUUAUACCCAUAGAAUUCUUCGUCAUCCGAAGACAAAACGUCAACACCACAGCCGAAGCAGAACAACAAUGCCAGAGACAGGUCACUUGCCAAAAUGGCGGUACUAAUGUCGUCAUUAAUGGCUUCUGUUCCUGCAUUUGCAUCAACAACUUCACAGGCUUCGACUGUUCGGUAGCUGACAAUAUCGGCUGCACGACCGCCACCAUAUCAGGCGAUACUAAUAUCAGUAAUGUCACAGUUGGAAAUGCCCUACCGCGUCUCAUCGCACAGGCCCAAACUAAUUUUUCGGUCCCUCUGUCUGGUACCACGAUUCUUUCCAAGAUCAAUGCAGGCAACCUGAGUUGUUCAGCUGAAAAUGCCCUCGUGACCUUAAAUGGUCAGAGCACGGCUCUCGGCACAUCCGCCGAAGUUGUGUCGGACAUGACUGGAGGAAGCUUCGAUGUUGUCAACGCCGUUGCCUUGCAAGAAGCUAGGAUAGCUACCAUAACUGUCAUGGCAGGCCAGUCCACUACGACGACACUGACGAUCGAAAUCUCCGACACUCCUGCCACGUCAUCUGCGGCUAUCGCAACUCUUCCGACUACGACCAUCACGAUUACGAGAACUUUCACCAGCAGCUGGCCGCCGCCAUCAUUAACCCCAGCCCCAACGACAUCCUCAGCGGCCCCUUCUUUGGUAACGCCUUCUUCAGUGCCGCCAUCUGCCACCAAUCCGAGCUCAGGGUUCACUGUGACGAGUGAAGUCCUCGAUUUUGCCAGGGUUGGGAUCUUGUUCGUUCUGCAGCAGGACUCAGUAGCGGAUGCCUCGACUGCUCAGGCUGCGCUGCAAACGUUCCUCUCAUCAACGUCGGCAACCAUUGCCAGUGCGAGCAACGUCACACUGAGCGCUGGGAAUUCGAUCGACCUAGUCAAUUUCCGCGUCGAUGCUGGGACGGGGCUUGUCGGCUCCAAAAAUAUUGCAACUUCGAAGCGUGCUCUUGAAGAGGCGGCGGAGGCAGGGCUUUGGGAUCGUGAUUGGAUGCAGUAG